AGAGAAAACCUACAAAUUUCGUCACGGAAGCAACAAUUUGGCUAUAAAAUCGAAUCAGAGCCGUUUGUGAGAAAUUGUGUAAUCUAAAUGAAACUUCAAUGGUGGCUCAGGAUAAAAGUGAAGGGUCGUCUCCUCAGAAAGCUUCCAACACCAAUGAUUCCUUCCUAAGCAAGCUGUCAUCAAACAAGCAAAAGUUCAUGGGAUCAAAAACUGAAUCUCAUAACUCUCAAGGCUGUGUUGAAAGAAACGUGGAAUCCGAGACUAAACCUGCAAAAUACUUGAUAAGGAAGAUCAAGUCUGAAUUCAAUAAUCCAAGAUGUUCUAUAUCUAUCAAAAAGAAGAACGAGGCUGCAGAGCCAUUUCAUCAGCAAGAGAAGAAAUCAAACUCAAUGAGUAAAGGUGAUAAUGAAGAAAGUUCAAGGAGAAAAAUCAAAGUGGUGAACAGUAAUGACCGUGAGGAGAUUGGUGAAGUGGUCAGUAAUUGUCAGAAGAAAGCUCAAGUGAACUUCAAAAGAGAAUCGGAGCAAUCAUAUGAAGAAGAAGUCAAGAAUCAUGAACCAAAGUUCAAAGGAUUCAAUUUCCAGGAGGCUAAGAAAUCAAGCAAGCAACAGAAAUCUCAAAUCCAAACUCAAGUCGAGAAAGAAGGCGGGUCACGUGUGUCAGAUAAAUCACAAGUUAUCAAGUUUGGUGAACUAAUUUUUGAUGGAAAAGACAUUCAAGAGACGAAGAAUCUCAAGUUUAUGAAGAUCAACAAAGAACAAAGCAAGGUGUGUGAGACUAUCAAUCAAGAGGGAGAUAAGAAAAUUGGGAAAUCAAAAGAAGAAUCAAGUGUGAUGGAGAAAAACCCAAUCAAGAUGGAAAGCGUGAAAUUGAGUAAACCUACAAGUUAUGUUGAGGCCCUGAAGAGACCUCCUCCAAUGAAGACCGAAGAAGAUUUGAGGUUGUCACGUUUCAAAGUUUUGAACUGGAAUUGCAGGAGCAACACAAAGGCUCAAGAGGGAGUGUUGAAGUCUGAUCCUUUGAUUGCACCUGCAAAAGACAAAAAUCACAAGUUAACGAUUGAAGAAAAGAAGAAGCAGAAGGAUAAAAGUGAAGGGUCGUCUCCUCAGAAAGCUUCCAACACCAAUGAUUCCUUCCUAAGCAAGCUGUCAUCAAACAAGCAAAAGUUCAUGGGAUCAAAAACUGAAUCUCAUAACUCUCAAGGCUGUGUUGAAAGAAACGUGGAAUCCGAGACUAAACCUGCAAAAUACUUGAUAAGGAAGAUCAAGUCUGAAUUCAAUAAUCCAAGAUGUUCUAUAUCUAUCAAAAAGAAGAACGAGGCUGCAGAGCCAUUUCAUCAGCAAGAGAAGAAAUCAAACUCAAUGAGUAAAGGUGAUAAUGAAGAAAGUUCAAGGAGAAAAAUCAAAGUGGUGAACAGUAAUGACCGUGAGGAGAUUGGUGAAGUGGUCAGUAAUUGUCAGAAGAAAGCUCAAGUGAACUUCAAAAGAGAAUCGGAGCAAUCAUAUGAAGAAGAAGUCAAGAAUCAUGAACCAAAGUUCAAAGGAUUCAAUUUCCAGGAGGCUAAGAAAUCAAGCAAGCAACAGAAAUCUCAAAUCCAAACUCAAGUCGAGAAAGAAGGCGGGUCACGUGUGUCAGAUAAAUCACAAGUUAUCAAGUUUGGUGAACUAAUUUUUGAUGGAAAAGACAUUCAAGAGACGAAGAAUCUCAAGUUUAUGAAGAUCAACAAAGAACAAAGCAAGGUGUGUGAGACUAUCAAUCAAGAGGGAGAUAAGAAAAUUGGGAAAUCAAAAGAAGAAUCAAGUGUGAUGGAGAAAAACCCAAUCAAGAUGGAAAGCGUGAAAUUGAGUAAACCUACAAGUUAUGUUGAGGCCCUGAAGAGACCUCCUCCAAUGAAGACCGAAGAAGAUUUGAGGUUGUCACGUUUCAAAGUUUUGAACUGGAAUUGCAGGAGCAACACAAAGGCUCAAGAGGGAGUGUUGAAGUCUGAUCCUUUGAUUGCACCUGCAAAAGACAAAAAUCACAAGUUAACGAUUGAAGAAAAGAAGAAGCAGAAGGUUAAUGAUGAGGUUAAGUGUCGAGAAAAGAGAAUUAGAGUUCCAAGAGUAAUAGGGUGGCUCUAGCUAGAUGAUGUUGCGUGUCUUAGAGAGUCAUGAGUAUGUUAAGGCAUGUGUGGUUGUGUUUUUUGGUGUAUAAGUAUGUGUGUCUGAGUAUGUAAGAGUUAAGUGAAUUAAUAAUGGUUUGAAGAACCUUUUCUUAAGAGAGAUUGUGAGAGAAACAAAAACCUGAAACGUGA